AUGGAAAUGAAAACUGAAAGCAAAGAACAAGAAUGGAAGGAUUCGAUUUCUCGCUCAUCAUCUUCACGAUCUUCAUCAAUAACAUCAGAUUCUUCAGAUGGACACUUUGAUAUCCGACACUUCCCUCUUCCUAAGCCAACACUGUCUGCUUCUGAGGCACAGAAACAGAGAAAGACGUAUCAGGCUUAUAGUUCAUCUUAUACCGGUUCGUCAUGGUCCUCCGGUCACCAAAACCACAUGGUUGAUUUACCCGGUUACGAUCCAAACCGGAUUCCGUCUUCAGUUUUCUCUAGUAAACCGGGAAAUUCGUCGGAAUGGAGUAUAGCUUCUAAUGAAUCCUUGUUUAGCAUUCACGAUAUGGAUUUCAACAUUUCCACAAAGGAGGAUCAUGUAUUAGGUACCACGCAAAGAUUGAGUGAGUUUCCGAUAAUUGAGGAAACGAUUCACGAGAUAACCGAAAUCGACCCGGUUCCUCUUCCUUCGGUUAAGAAACCCACAGAACAUGAGAAAGAAGCGAUUACACAGAAGAAACCAGACCAUGUUGAAAAGUCUGAGUCCGACUCCGAAUCUGAGAUUGAUGAUUAUGAUGUUGAGAUAGAAGAAGGAGAGAUGACUGAAAUCGAAAGUGACGAUGAACACGAAGAAGAAGAUAUGAUCCAAUCGGAGGUUUUAGUGGAAACUGAAACCGAGAUACAAGAAGAGAAAAUUGUAGAAGAUUUGAAAGAGAAUAAACCAGAAGAUACGAACAGUACAACUUCACAUUCCCCGAGCAUUUCUUGUCGUUCGGACAUCAGCAAUAACAGCAUUUCUUCUUUCGUAUUUCCAUUAUUGCAGAAAGAAGAUGGAGUUGACAAAACGCCGUCUAUGGUAAUCAGAGGGAACACUUCCCAAAAUCGAAGACCCAAGUAUCUGAUGCCUCAAUCGCAACCGUCCCAACCGCAGCCUUAUUCAGAAUCUGGUACGGUAACUCAGUUGCAGCCGCAAUCACUACCACAAAGGAAGGCAUCGAUUCAAAACGAAUCUCAAAUGCAGUCACCAAAAGCCUCGAAAAACGGUUGGUUCUCUUGCUUCCAGUGCACUUCAAAAUGCGGUUUAUUCAACUAG